CGGAGCGCAGAUAGAUAGGUUUCACCCCCCCCCACCACCCCACUAGAGCAAGAGAGAGAUUCAGUGUUCUGGCAGAAUUGUAGCUUCUGGGUUACUGAUUGGCUGAUGGCGAGGUCGAACGACACUGAUCGUGACCAUAAUCUGGAUCGUUUAGUCGAUGAUCAUCCUGAUGGUGAUGGAGAGCUUCCAUAUUCUGGCAUUAGCUGCUCGAUUUGCUUGGAUUCGGUGGAAGAUAAUGGAGUUAGAUCCACGGCUAAGCUGCAAUGCGGUCAUGGAUUCCAUCUGGACUGCAUUGGUUCAGCGUUUAAUAUGAAGGGGGCAAUGCAAUGCCCUAAUUGUCGAAAAGUUGAGAAAGGCCAAUGGCUGUACGUAACCGGGCCGGUCCGUUCACUUCCUGAGUUGAGCAUGGAUAACUUGAUUACUGAUGAAGAUGUCUAUGGUCUAAGCUUCUCUGAAAUGCCAUUCCGAGUUCAAUGGUGCCCAUUGGGUGAUUUAGCACAACCUGGUUCAUCAUUUGAAGAAGUGGAGUCUCCAUCGACCAUGUUUCAAAACAUGCACGGACACCCUCCAAUUUUUGCUGAUCAGACUGCUAUACCUGUGGCUCACUCAUAUGUCACAUAUGUUGGUCCAAUUCCACCUGCAUCCUCUGGACCUACUGAUACAGUUGUGGAUUCCUCCAGUCGUUCUUGGAAUGGUGCAUCUAGACGCAGUGAGAUCUUUAAUCUGCUUGCAUCUCCUGCCUUAACUAGCCAAUACCCUGGUUGGAGCAGUUAUUCCACUCCUCUGCCCCUCCCUGGUGGCCAUAGCAUUGGUGCUGAUCCAAAUCCUGUCCCACCUGUAACAUUGAGACCUUCGCGUGGGGACGUUGACACUGUGACAAUGCCCAGGGCAUUAACACAACCAUUUGUCUUUCAUCAUGGAUCUGGUCCUAGAGGUGGGAGCUCACUUGCCACAAGUAUUCCUCCUCGUCACCCUCUUGGCAGCGUUCAGAACGGUGAAAGCCACCAUGUAUUCUAUCCCUUUCCUUAUCAGCAGCAAUCUAACCAUCCUCAGGGUAUGCCUUCACCUCUAGGCCAUGGCAUCAGAAGGUUUGAUGUUCCAAGGAGCACGCCUAUGGCAGUACCAGCACCACCACUACAUGUUGACCAUAAUGGUGGCUUCUAUAUGGUUCCUCCAAGUUUAUCCGCCCGGAAUCCUCAUGAAGCAGGUUUUCCUUUACCAAAUCAUUUCUCUCAUUUUCCAAACCCCUCAUUUGAUAGAGACGCAGGUUCGGGACCAUUUCAUCACAUUCCUGGUCACUUUUCUGGAAACAGAUCUGGCAGUGGUUGGCCAAGACGCUAAUCUUCGAAUCCCGGGCUGGAUUUUAUCUGGUUUCUUGCGAACCACAAUACAGGCGUGAAUUGCGUACAACAGUUAUGCUUCCAUUUUGUGCAUUCAGCUACUGCUUCCAUUGCAGGCAUUGUUUUUCUCCUUGUUCCAGCAUAUGCCUGGAAUGAAAAACUACAAGUCGAAUUUGAUAAGCUGUUGUACAAACUGUAAAUUUUGGUAAACUUGCUCUGUUUUGUGGCCUAUUGUUUUGUUUAUAUCUCGCAAGAGAUGUACAUAACUUCAUUUUAUUACUCAAAUUGUUUUGUUCAUCUUUGAUCUUGCAAAAGAGACGUUCAUUAC